AUGAUGCGCAAGGAUUAUCCUAAAGGGUGGAGAAAUGCUGAUUACAACGCGGCACAACUUCCAUUUAUAUUGCCAUUGCGGCGUCUCAUUGUUGCAGUAGAUCCCCUGAGCGACACAAAUCCAUCAAGGAUUCUUCGCCGUUGGGAAAGCUUCAUGAACAUUUCUAUUUGGGUGGAUGAUUUUUUUUUCAACAGAUUUCACCGGAGCAGUAUCCUUAGAUCCGCGGCUAUGAAUGAAACCUCGACGAUCUUGAUCAAUGUACACAGACAACGGCAAAAGAUGUUCUAUUUUCAAUGCAUGCGAACACUGAAGGAUGAAGGACAGCGGUGGACUGCUUUUGUGGACACCGACGAGCUCGUGUUUCAAAAUGAGAAUGAUCUGGGUUUUAAAAAAGUCCUUUCCCUAUCGACCAACGAAACUGUAUCUAGACUUCUGCAUGUUCUCCAAGAAUUGAAUCAAAUCUCAUCGCCUUGUGUUGGAUUGCCACGACUCUUGUUUGGUGCGAACGAGGACAAGAAGGAGGAUCCGGAAGUAGUUGCAAAAGGCUCGCUCCUGCCUGAAAUUGGCUUCUCUUCAACUGAUUUCAUGACCUUGCGCUGGAGGUGGCACGCCGGCAACGACAAUAUACUGAAUAGGGCCGGCAAAGCUCUCAUUGAUUUGUCACGAAUCCCUGAUGGUUUGCUCCUACUGGACAAUGUGAAUGCCCAUCGACCCAUCAAACAGCUUUGUACGAAUGAUGCGAUGUGGAUUCGAAUAGACAAGUCGCCGUUGGUGCUUCAUCAUUAUGUUGGAACUUAUGAACAAUGGAUCUCGCGAGACGAUGUUCGAAACAAGAGGACCUCCUUGUUGUAUUCAGCAAUGGCCGCUGUCAAUAGCACAAAAGUUUCAAACGAAAAUUUGUGGUUAAAGGACUUUAUCCAGGCUAUUGGAGAAAACAAUGCAGCAAUGCUGCUGAAAGAUGUCGGGAAAGUUGAAAGCCCCAAAAAACGAGGACGUAUCUCACCAGAAGCAAAAUUGGCAAAGCUCUCUUCUCUGUUGUACGUAAAGAAUUCAAGAAAGUUUAUUUUACCGUAG